AUGGACGUCUUGUCUUCAUUUCUUUCCUUGAUACUGCUGAUAGUGAGGAUUUCGGCGCAGAGGGCAGGUGUCAAUGUUCAGUUCCAGUUGACUGAGGAGUGUCCUGAAGGCACUGUCGUUGGUCGCCUAAGUGAAGAUUUCAGUCUCCAUGUGCCGCAUUUUCCUCCAAAUCAACUCAAUGGCGAUACCUACCAACUACUUACAGCCACACGGCAAUUCGAUUUGCACAGCUCGUCCGGAACAAUUACAACGAAGCAAAGAAUAGACAGGGAGGAGAUUUGUCCCCCUACCAUGAAUGUUCAUCGAUCGCCCACCACAGACAUGAACGAAGUGCCCUGCUCCAUAGAUCUUCAAGUACUGCGUCUGGGGAGUCAACCAAACGGGACUCCUGAACCUCAGGUCAUUCUUGUAAAAAUUUUCAUUUUAGAUAUCAACGAUAACACGCCAACUUGGCAGGAAGACUCGAUCAAUAUCACUGUUCCAGAGCAUACGUCUCCAGGAACUAGAUUUCCCCUGCCUAUCGCUUUGGAUGCGGACUGUGGUCCGGAAAAUACAACAUCAAAGUACUUCCUUUUUACUCCCAACAGACCUGAGGUUGACUUUGGUGGGAGUGUUGGCCCCAGUCCCGAUAUUAAUCGGUUGUUUCAACUGGACACUGAAGUUGCCGACCAAAGAGAUCAACAGCACUUUCUCCUAGAUAGGUGGAACAGUGGCUGGAAUUUGCAAGCCUGCGCAGGUCCGAAUUUUCGUCUGUGGUUACAGGUAAUUGGCGAACUAGACUACGAAACCCCGAGCCAGCUGAGUCUGAUUCAGCAGAAACAACUGCUUCGCAAAGACGACGGCAAAACGGAGGGCCCUCCUCAGACGUAUGUACUCAAACUUGCCGCAGUUGAUGGAAGUCGGUUCGUGCCAAGGACAGGAAGUGUCACUCUCCGAGUGAAUGUUAAGGACAUCAACGACCAUGCGCCGUAUUUUUUGCCACCGGAGGCUUCUUCUUUUGAUGGAGUGUAUGCCACCCUAAGGACAGAAGGAACUCCUCGACGUAACUCCGUGACAAUUGACGUCCAAGAAAACGCUCCUUACGGACAGGCCAUAUACACACCGCGCGUCGUUGAACCUGACAUUAGCGAUCAAGAGAACUUGGUCUUCUACUUCGACAGUACGACGACGCCCGCAGCAAAGGCAGUUUUUGGAAUUCGUGAGAAGGACGGGACUGUGUUUCUGAAACAGUCACCUGAUUACGAGGCACAGGCUUCUUACACACUGCCAAUUAUCGUUAGCGACGGGAAAUACUUGGAUAGCCAAGAAGUGAGAAUUCAGAUCAUAAAUCUCAACGACCACGCACCAACCAUUACAGUCCGGCCUGUAAGGCCAGUUAGACAGGAUACUGACGGCCAGAAACAGCAGCAGCAGCAGCAGCAGACACAGCGGUACAAACCCAUAUACCUGGAAGUCGAAGAAGAUCGACCGCCUGGGUACUUCAUCGCCACUGUCCUGCUAACCGAUGAGGACCAGGUUGGUGGAACACAGGCCUUUACCAACGAGGGACCGGCUGCUUUCCAAUGUCAAUUAAGCCAUGACAGCCUCUCAAUCGAGCCACUCUUUGAGGGCUCACAGAGUCAAUUCAAGCUCGUUACCCGUGUCUCCUUUGAUAGGGAACAACUGAGUGAACUCUUUGUUGCUCUGACAUGCCACGAUAAUGGCCAACCCCGGCAAACAUCACGAGCAGAUAUAAAACUUAUAAUUCUUGAUAAGAAUGACAACAAGCCGGUAUUCAAGCAUCAUCCAAUGCUUGCUCGCGUCAAGGAGAAUUCUCCGAUUGGUGUGAACGUCUACCGGCUGGAGGCAUUUGAUGCAGACGUAGGCAAGAAUGCGGCCUUGGUGUAUUCCAUAAGUGGUGAAGGAGCGAAAAAUUUCAAGGUGGAUCCCUUUACUGGACUUCUUUCAACAGCCGCAGCCAUCGACAGGGAGGUAGUGGGAAGAUUCAACCUGAUGGUUACUGUUAAGGACCGGUACGGGAAUGAGUCAGGCGCCGGCGAACCUGUCAAUGAAGGGAACGCCAUGUUGGCAAUUGAAGUGCUAGACGAAAAUGACUGCGCCCCAGAAUUUGAUAAACCCCUGUACCAAUUCCUGAUUGACGAAAAUGCGAAGGUGAAUGCUCCGGUUGGUGAGGUGAAGGCGCGUGAUAACGAUGCCACAGCGGAAAACAACAAGAUACGCUAUUUUAUAAAGGACGAAAUAAUGAACCAGGCUAACCAGGACUUCCGCGUAACAGCUGACGGGCGUGUGUUAGUUGCACGGGAAACACUUGACAGAGAAACCACCAGCGUGUACCACUUCACUGUUGUUGCAGCCGACUCCGGCAAGCCCUCGCUGUCAGCCACUGCCCAGGUACAAAUUCACCUAGGAGAUAUCAAUGACAACGCACCAAACUGGCUGUUUCCACCUGAAUCCAACGUUGUCGUAAACGUCACUAUCCACGAACCAGUGGGACACCAAGUUGCCUUGUUAAGAGCAACCGACCCUGAUCUGGACGAAAACGGCCAGAUCAUGUUUAAAGUCAUGCACGUCUCCGUGCUCUCCAACACCGCGGCGGCCACUGAGCCACGCAACGAGAAUCAAACUGACAGUGAAGUGAGCAGGCAGGAAAUGUUUGAACUCGACCCCUCAACCGGUGCCCUCUACAUCGCGCGUCCUCUUCGACCAGCUGACAUGGGCCUCGUCAAGUUGCUCAUCGAAGCCAGUGACAUGGGCAAACCAAACAAGUCAAGCCAUCGGACAAUCCUCUUUAACAUCAUGGACUUUCAGCGUCCGAAGUACACUGGCGCCAGCAACAACAGGAUGGGGGCUCCCUACACGUCUGGUGGAUCGGUAUUUCAACACCACGAUCUGGUGGUGAUCGUUGUCAUGGUCGCCGUCGCCAUAGUCAUUUCCUUGUUCCUAAUCGUUGCAAUGCUCUUCCUUCGGUGUCCCGUCUGCUUGUUUCGCGACCGAGCUGAGAAUAGCUACAAUAAUGUAGCCCAAACCACAAUCGGGUUUCCACAAAACCACACAGGACAUCAUCACGAGGCCUACUUGCCAGAGGUGUUUAGGGAUUCGCACACAAUCGGUACACUUGGAGGAAAGGAUGGCUCAUUGGCGAGCGGGGAGGAUGCCUUGUUCUAUCCUGUGGACAGGGACAAAAUUAUGCCGUCGCGUGGAUCAAUGUCAGGCAAAAAUAUCCUUACUAUUGACUAUGACGGCAGUGUCCAAGCUGGCACUCUGGCACAAUGCCAACAAGGCCGCCAAUUUAUUAUCUUGACCAGGCCUGACGGAGGCUAUGCGGUUAGCAUGGACGGAGCCCCAAUUGAACUCUCGGCUCUGGACAACCCCAGCACCUCCCAGCACCAGCACCAGAGCCUUGCUCACCAGCAACUCACCGACGAGCAGGCCAUGAGGCCCUCACAAAGCACCUCCUGUCUGUCGGGUCUCUCGUCCACACAACUCACCCCCACACCCAACGAAUUUGGUAGAACUACGAGUCCCCCUCACAAAGCCUUUCCUGAGGAAUGUUGCUACCCCUCCAGCCGACAGGAAGAAAUAUGCCUUUUGUCCACAACCGCCACACCCGCCACACUAUCAGGAAUGAGUUUAGGUACCUCAGAUACCGCGAAAGACAAGCAGCACUACACCAGGCUUGUCAACCCGCCAGGUUCAACUCCCUCCAAGGUCACCGCGGACCAGCUGCGCUACGUCCAAAUCCACAACACCCCGACUCACGUUGGUCCAGCAUCGAGAGCCACCAGCAAGAAAUCCACGCCGACUGUCAGCUGGCGCAUGGAGCCACACGAUCUGCGCACUUACUCGCCCGAAGUCGAAUCCGAGCAUGCGGCGCUAACUGGCACUGCGACGUUUGUCGACCUGGAUAACAGAUACACACAGUUAGGCAAGGAUUCAGAGGAUUCCGCUGUGCCCUCCUACGAUCAGCUGGUCCACCGGUUUCAUGAUGGCGAUGCCAGUAGAGACGGUCGUGCGGGAAGCGGCUCCUUUUCCGACUUUCCCAGUAGUGUGAUCUGA